AUUAUAUAAAUAAAAAAAUAAAAAUGUAAAAAUCCCUUUUAAUAAUAGUUUCAUUAAGUCUUUUACUAGCAGUUAUAACUGCAGAAUAAAAAUUAGUAACUAAAGAAUUUGGUGCUGACAAAUUUUCUUAAUCUGAUGUUUAAGGAUGGACAGUAUAAGGGCAAAAAAAUCUUGUAAGUGAAUGUGCCGGACAAUCCGUAUUCGGUGGUUAUGACGCCUUCGGUUAAGGAGCAGUUGCCUCUAAAGUUUAUAGCUCAGGAGUUCCUCACUAUGAAUUAGAAAUAUCUUUCGAAUUAUUCGCUAUAGACUCAUGGGAUGAUGAAGUAUUUACCUUAAAGCUUGAUGAUAAGGUUGUAUACACUUAUUCUACAUAAUACAAUAAAGUCCCUCCUUAAGGAGAUAGAAAAAUAAGUUGCGGAAGUACUUCAUGGAGUGAUAAAUUUGUAGUCGUGAAAAUGAAUAUACAACAUAAUUCUUAAUAAUUCAAGCUUGAAAUGUCUUCUACAUUAAAUUAAGAUGCUAAUGACGAAAGUUGGGGUAUUAGAAAUUUAAUUAUAGUCGCCAAUUUUGUAGGAUAUAACUCUUAUACAAUUUCUAGAGAAUUCACAUCCGAUAAUUUCUAAGAAAACGCUUAAGGAUGGGUUUUAAGUUAACCUUUAAUUAACCCUUUUACUACUUGCGGAGCUGACAAAAUUUUCGGUGGUUACAAUGCUUUUGGAGAAAAAUUUGUUAUUUCGAAAACUUUCAGUUAUAUUCCUGAACAUUACGGACUUGUUGUUGAUGUUACUUUAUGGUUUAUAGACUCUCCUGAUGCCAAUGAUUACCUUUAUGUUACAGUUGAUGGUUAAAGAUAUAGAUUUAACAGAGGAUAAUUCAACUUUGUUGAAAACAAAAAAUGCGGAACUGAAUAAUGGGGUGAAUCCACUUAAAGAGUUAAUCUUUUCUUCCCUCAUACUUCUUCCUAAGCCACUGUUUAAUUCACUGAUGAUUUCGAUGAGAAAAAAGAUAAUGAAUCUUGGGGUAUUUAAAACUUCGUGUUAACCGCUCUUACAGGAAACAGAGAUAACUAAACACUUGUCGUAAAUGAAUUGUUUGAAAACGAUUUCAAACAAGCCUCUGGCUGGAAAUUAUACCCAAACGGCUAAGACGUAUCUACUAGAAUCUCAAACUGUGCAGGAGCUAAUCUCCUUGGAGGAUACAACUAACUAUCUAGAGAAGAUAUCUUUAAAAUAUUUACAGGAUUACCUGGACAUACUAACGUUAGAAUAUUUUUCAGACUUUUCGCUGUUGAUUCUUGGGAUAACGAAAACUUUAGAGUUUAUGUAAAUGAUGUCCUAGUUUAACCUAAAAUAGCUCCCUUUUAAUAAUCAAACAAAGUUUGUGGAGUAAAUGGAUGGGAUGAUAGUAUAAGAAACUACUUGGUAGAUGUUCCUCAUUUAGGGUCUACUCUUAAUUUAAGAUUCGAAUCUGAUCUUGAUUAGAGUGCUGAUGAUGAAAGUUAUGGUAUUAGAGAUCUUAAAAUAUGGACUUAUUAUGGAAGAAUUACUGGAAUAGUUACCUAAGAAUUAAAUGAUGAUAGUAAUUUCUUAGUUUAAGGAUGGAACGUUACUCCUGCAUUAAGUACUGUUACAUCAAAAUGUGGUCCUUAUGCACUAUUAGGUGGUUACAAUGUUUUCGGAUAAAAUACUGUUGCUUCUAAAACAUACUCUGUUUUAACUAAACAUAACACUAUUAAAAUUAGUUUCAAACUCUUCUUUAUUGAUACUUGGGAUAAAGAAGAUUUUAUCGUCUGGGUUGAUGACUAAGUCGUAGGAAAAGUCACUAAAUCAGAAACUUGGGGAGGAUAAUAAAAUAUAUGUGGCUGGGAUGCUUCUAAAGAAGAAAUUUACGAUUUAUAAUUCACUGUUUAUCAUACUGGAAAUUCUGUUAAAGUUUCCUUUGGUGAUAAACUUGAUUAAGGAAAAACAGAUGAAUCUUGGGGUAUUAGAGAUUUAGUUAUUACUACUUCUCAAUCUGGUGAUAAAUCUUAUGAAAAUUAAGAAAAAUGUGUCGUUAUAUUCUCUGAAUAAAAUUUCAAAGGUAACAAACUCACUGUAUGCGAAAGUGAUCCUAAUAUAACAAACUGGAAUUAACCAAUCUAAUCAAUAUGGAUCCCUUAAUAAAAUAGUCUUGUUUAAAGUAAAGUUCAAAAAUUCAAAAAAUCUUCUAAGAAAUAAGUUUAAUAAGUCAUUUAAUGAUUUUAUUAAAUUAUUAUAAACAAGAAAAAAUAUUUAAUAUUUUUAAUCUUUUAUAUUUUAUAUUUUUUUAAUUAAAUUUUUAAAAUUUUUAUAUAAAUAAGAAGAAUUAUAUAUUCAU